GGAUAUAAAAUUUGAAGAAAUUUAACCUCAAAAUUGAAGUUAGAAAAAAACUCUUGUCUGUGUUCAUGUUUUUGAAUUUGGAAAAUUUCAAAUUGUAAAUAUAACAUACCAAAAGGAUACAAUGGAUUCCAAUUAUAUCGAGAGUUAUAAUGAUUUGCAGGUUCAUCAGCUCAUGCUCCUCGAUACACCAAGAAAUCAAGCUUAUCGACAAGCAAUUUUAGACAACAAAGAUUUCAUAAAAGGAAAGAUAAUACUAGAUGUAGGUUGUGGCACUGGCAUUCUUUCAAUAUAUUGCGCUCAAGCAGGUGCUGCAAAGGUUUAUGCUGUUGAAGCUAGCAGUAUUUAUGAAGUAGCCAAAAGUAUUGUGAAAGAAAAUAAGUUUGAAAAUGUUAUUGAGGUCAUUCAUUCAAAAAUAGAAGACGUAACUCUUCCUUCUAAAGUAGAUGCAAUUGUAUCUGAAUGGAUGGGAUUUUAUUUGUUCCACGAAGGAAUGUUAAAUUCUGUUUUAGUGGCAAGGGAAAAAUUUUUGAAGCCAGAGGGUUUAAUGUUUCCUGAAUCAGCCACAUUAUUUGCAGCUCCAAUUAGUGUUCCAUCAUAUUUUGAAAAAUGGAGCGAAUUAGAUGGAAUUUCUAUGAAUACAUUUGGGGAGAAAAUAAGGAAUGAAGCAUCAAAAAAACCUGUAAUUUCAACUGUCGAAGCAGAUUGUUUACUAUCAGAUCCAGAAAUAGUUACAUGGAUUGACUUGAAGCAAGUCACACAAGAAGAAUUGAAAUCAAUUGAAGCAGAGCAUUUGGUAGUUUGUAAUAAAUCAGGAAAAUAUCAAGGAAUAUGCUUAUGGUUUUCAUGCACAUUUCCAUCACAAGAUACUGAACCUAUUACUUUAUCAACAAGCCCUGAAGAUUCAGAAACACAUUGGAAACAAACAACAAUAGUGCUACCUACAGAGAUAGAAGUUGAAACUGGUGCUCCUGUGGCUUUUAAAUUAAGCAUGAAAGCAUCUGAAGAUAGUUAUAGAAAGUAUAAUUUGGAAGUUACCAUGCAGGAUCCAAAUGAAAUUCAACAUCCAGAAUAUUGUCCAUGUUAUAUGACUAAAUGUAUUGUAGUUAGAGCCAUGCUUGAUAAAUAUGAGAAAGGUGAUUUGGAAUCGGCAUGACUUUUGUGUUUAUUACUGAAUAUGACAUAAAAUGUCAUCAAUGAGAUGAAAGAGAAACUAAAAACUUGUUCCUGUGGUCUUUCAAGGUUGACUUUUGUUAUAUAAAAAUACUAUUUCCAUA